ACAUUUUCCUCGCAAAAUACCUCUUUUCUCAAGAAUUGCAGUGGGAUUUUUGCACAAAUUGCUGGCAACAAUGUGUCCUCUUGCGCCGCAGUGAAGAGAAGAGGAAUUCCCAGUGAUCUGCAGAGAUUUCCACCCUUACAGCCUUCCUAACCUGAAAAAGCCAUGGAUGACCAAGUUUGUCCGCGAUGCAAGACAACAAAGUACCGGAAUCCCUCCCUGAAGCUCAUGGUGAAUGUCUGUGGGCAUACGCUAUGUGAGAGCUGUGUGGAUUUGCUCUUCCUCAAAGGCUCCGGCGCUUGUCCGGAAUGCAAUGUUCCCCUGCGGCGAAGCAACUUCCGCAUCCAGCUGUUUGAGGAUCCAAUGGUGGAGAAGGAGGUGAACAUCCGAAAGCGCAUCCUGCGUGACUACAACAAGAAAGAGGACGACUUCGACAGCCUCGAGGAGUUCAACAAUUACCUGGAAGAGAUUGAGUUGAUUGUGUUCAAUUUGGCGAAUGACAUCGACAUCGUGAACACCAACAAGCGCAUUGAGCAGUACAAGAAGGACAACCGGGAGGUGAUCACGAAGAACAAGGGCAGAAUCGGUCGCGAGGAGUACGAGCUGGACGAGAUGAUUGAGGAGGAGAAGCAGAUACAGGAGGAGCGACAGAAGCAGCUGCAGCAGUUGGAGCAGGAGAACAAGAAGAAGAAGCUCCGCGAGAAGGAGGCUCUGAUAGAUGAGUUGAUGUCCAGUCAUCAGAAUGCGGCGGAUAUUGUGAGUGUGUAUGCGAAGAAGGCCGAGCAGACGCAGGAGGAGGCCAAGGUGAUCCCCGUGGCGAAGGCGACACAGUUCUCCACGGGCAUUAAGUUCUCUCGGAGUGGGCAACAGGGAUUCCUGCCGGUGCCGAAGCUGGAAGAGGGUCCAUUGUACAGUUACAAGCCGCUGAUUAAGACUUUUGAUGGUCCGGAACCACCGCAAGAAGAGGAAAUCCUUUCUUCGGGCUACAUAAAACACAUUCGUGCUGAAACCUCUCAGGAGAAGGCUGGAGGAUAUACGGCGAUUUAUGCGUGCCAGAGAGCUCUUCAGGAAGCUCUGCAAGGCCUCUACGACUGACCGUCCAAGAUUUCUAUAGGUAAAUAGCUUUUAAAAAUUGUUUUUUUCAUUGAAAUAAAAGAAGGACUCCCAAUUGAGGGGAUAUUUUGGUCUUCUGGCCUGCGUGGCUUUGCAUACAUCCCGGCAGUGUGACUCUCAGGUGAGAUGGUCUCUCUGGCGUGACUGUGCUUGAGGCUCGAGAGAGCGAACAAGGUGUAAAAAAGCGUCGGAGGUGGAGUUUAAAUGGUCGGAAGGCGUGUCGAAGGCCUACGCAUGCGUGCUGUGGCGCGGAAGUUAUCAGAGAUGCGGUCAGGAGUGGGUGAAAAAGGGACGACAUGGCCAUUUGGCGCGGAUGAUCGAGGAAGAAUGGAAGUCAGCAAGGGAGAUUUUGGCGGCCAAGCAGCCAGGAAACUUGUGGGUGGCUUUGGUGAGAUGCUGGAGAUUGUGCUCCACGUGGUGUGAAUCCGUGGCCAGGCAUCUCUGCCAUUCGACACAUCAGC